UAUUUCUUGAUUUUUACAGGCAUCAUUUUUUUUUUAUCGCUUGAAUGUCUUGACGGAUAUGGUUGGCAAAGAAAUCCAUGUUCCCUUCAGAAAUUUUGCGGUGCUCAAGAAAUUGAAAACCAUUUGUCUUGAAGUGCUUGGUCGUGUUCCAACUUUGGAAACCGCCACAACUGUCCAUCUGCCGACGGAAAACGCUGCGCGGCCAAAACAGAGGGAUUAUCUGAGUCGCGAAAACGUUUCUGGUGACCGAUCAUGGAUGUCAUCCUUUCUUCCGCUUGCAUCAGAAAUCGUCGAACGUCCUAUGAAAUUGAGUCAUGUUCGAGACAGACUACGACUGCACGGAAGUGUUCCACCUUCGAGGAUGUUUUCAAACCGCGAAUCUGCCGGAGAAGCCCCUCCUGUUCCAGUUCAACCCUCUCCUGGACCAUUGACGACGUACGGCCUAGGGAGAAUACUCAAAGAAAUCGCUCGAGUCCCGAGCAUGUUCUACCGCACGAAGCACGAAAAAUCUGUGCGUGAAGGAAGGAAGAUUCGUCGUGGGCUAUUGAUCCCUACGGGUGGAUCAACUGUUGGGACACUUAGCGAUUUAUACCUCGUCGGUGAAAAUCUAGUCAAGUCGCUCCAAAUACCCAGUGAUGACCAUUGGAAGAGGAGUAAGAUCAAGUCCCUCAUCACACUAGUCAAGGACCACCCAGAAAUCUUACUGUUCUUGUGCGAGAUCGGCGGAACAAAGGCGAUAUUGCGAGCCCUGUCGCAAACAAAAUCCCCGGGACUGCAAGAAGAUUGUCGCAUUGCUCUGGCAAUAAUGGGUCAUACGUUUCCGGUGAAGGGAAAUGGUAUCAAGAUACUCGCCCUAGAUGGAGGAGGAACAAGAGGAGUGAUUGUCGUGGAAGUCUUGAAGGCUAUCGAACGAGAAACGGGGAAAGCAACUCACGAGCUCUUCGACUAUAUUGUGGGAGUCUCUACGGGAGCUAUUCUUACAACGUUGCUUGGACCAAUGCGAAGAAAUUUGGACGAAUGCGAAGAUUUGUACAUGUCUCUCUGCAAGGAAUUGUUCAGUGAUCCUGGCUGGUGGGGGACUGGACGCCUUUUCAUGAGUCAUAGUUUAUAUGACACUGCUGUUUGGGAGCAACUUCUGAUCGAUUACAUCGGAGAUUUAUCAUUUGAAGAAAGCGCAGCGGAUCCUGAUUGUCCAAAGACCGGUAUUGUUUCAGCUGUGGUGAGGAAAGGCUUACCUACUACUUUUGUGUUCAGAAAUUACACAAUUCGGCCCGGGUAUCAGUCAAGAUUUGCUGGAAACGUGGGACUCAAGUAUAAGUACCGCGAAGCAGUUCGUGCAUCUUCCGCUGCUCCUGGGAUUUUCAAAGAAGUGAUACUUGAUAACGAAAUCCACGUUGACGGUGGAACAAACUGCAAUAAUCCAACAGCCGUUGCAAUUCAUGAAUGCUACAAUCUAUGGCCUGAUCAGCCUAUACAGACAGUUGUUUCGAUCGGCAAUGGACUGUGGGAUGAGUUCGUCAUGUCAGACUUGAGACCGAAUGCGAGACUAGUCGAUGCACGAGCCGAAGCUAGUAGCCUAUGGGAUAAACUUUCAGUCUUCUUCAAUAGUGCUACGGAUACUGAGCGAGUGCACAUUACUUUGAAGGACCUGCUUCCGCGAAACGUGUAUUUUCGGUUCAACCCCUACAUGUCGGAAAACAUUAGAUUGGACGAAAGUGAUCCCAUCAAGUUGGAAAAGCUACAAGAAGAAACUGUGACUUACUUGAAGCGGAAUCGCCGCAAGCUUGACAGGAUUGUUGAAUCACUCAUGCAAGAUAAGCCGAAUCUGACUUUUCCUUACGGAAGGAACCAUGUUGAUCCGUUGUCUAUUCGAAGGCAUCUUUGAAGGGAAAAUAUUCUGGUUUUGUUGCGUUUGUUUUUCUUUGAUGGUUGAACGAGGAAUAAGUUCUUGUUUUGUUUCACCUUGUUUUCUUCUUAGCCGUAUGGAUCUACAGGGAUCUUCAAAAAUCAUCGAGACAAAACUUCCGUGCUGCUCGUGGGGCAGAAUCCACCGUCUGUGAUUGUAGCUUUGAGUGCGUGAAACCGGAGGUUAUCCUUUUUUAUUUCACCUGCGGGGAACGUGAAUCGUAUGCCAGUGGAGCUAUGUUUUGUGCGAAUUUUCAUUUGCAUCUGAAUGUUUGCAGGUUUUACAAAUACAAAAGAAGGUUCAAAACGGAAA